GAGCGCGAUUUUCGAACGGGAAGUUUAGUCCUAACGUGAUUUGCAUAUAUCAAACUUUUGCUGUGUUCUUACGCAACAAAAGUACCAUUUCAGUUCUAAAAAAUCUAUCCUGAGCUAUACGUUCGGUUCCUGCCUGGAGGAUCUGGUGAUCCCCUGCUACUAGACACGGAAGCCUGUUAAGCGAAAGCUUCUUCUAUUCCGUCCACAACCAUUUGAACCAUUUGAACCAUUUGAAUCGCGAAACAUAUUGAUUACAGAACUUACAAACAAACGCGGGUUGUUGCAUGGGAACGUUACUCCCCGUUCCAGGUAUGCCAUUUUAUUUGACAGAUUUCGAACCUUCUGCGAAGUUUUUAAUCAUCCUUAUCCUAUCACUUACACCUCAGUCAGCUUAUGCUCAAAUUGAUGGAAUCUACUGUGGUGAAGAAACCUGUUAUGAUGUUUUACAGGUUACCCGAGAUGAUGAUAAAAAUAGAAUUCGUAAAGCAUAUCAUGAAAUGGCAAGAAAACAUCAUCCAGAUAGACAGAAAACAACUGAGGAUAAAAUAAAAGCGGAAGAACGCUUCCGUGUAAUCAACACUGCCUAUGAGAUUCUUAGUGAUCCAGAACAACGAACAGAAUACGAUUAUAUGCUUGAUAAUCCAGAUCAAAUGUACUAUCAUUACUAUCGGUAUUAUCGACGUCGUGUUUCGACAAAAGUUGAUGUUCGAUUGGUUAUUAUAUCAAUUCUUCUUAUUAUAUCAUCGAUACAAUAUGCUGGUCAAUGGACAAGUUAUAAUCAUGCAUUAAGUUAUUUACUGAAAGAUCCAAAGCAUCGUGCCAAAGCAAAACAGAUAGCUAUUGCUGAUGGUCGUUUAAAUAUAUCCAAAUAUGAAGUUGGCAGACGUUUAACACGUGAUGAACUGAAAGAACGUGAGGAACAACUACUUCGGGAUAUAUUAAAGGAGACUGUUGAACUUCGAGGUGAUUGUUGUCGACCCAGCCUAAAACGUGUUCUACUGGUUAGAAUAAUUUUUUUCCCUUGGACUUGUUAUAUAUGGUUACGUUGGAUGCUUUAUUGGGUUGUAAAGUAUUGGAUACUUCGUAGGGAAUAUGACGAAGAGGCACGAAUAUUUAUCACUAGACGUCGGUUAAAAAUAAGUGAGAGUGAAUGGGACUAUGCCGGCGAAAAACAACAAGCAAAGUAUUUAUCACAAAAACUUUGGAUUAAUGAGAAUUAUCAGAAAUUUCUUGCAGAUCAACAAGAAGCAAAUCGAAUUCGAGCAGCUGAAGAUACUGAUUUAAAACGUUAUAGACGAUACACAAAACGUGCUGGACCUGCCUCAGUGAAUCUUGAAGAUUUAUUUUAAAAUCCCCGCCAUUCAAACUGAAUAUUAAUUGUCCAAUGUCCUUGUCGAUCCUGCCAUAGUCCCGUUCUAUGUAUUAUAUAUAUAUAUAUAUAUAUAUAUAUAUAUAU